CGCCGCUGAAGGAUGGCAUGGUGGCGACGAUCAACAGGAUUAAGGAGGUCUUGUUGAAGCAUGGGGCGGUGGCUACUGCUGACCUCGCUGGAAUGCCCUCGCGCUUCAGACGCGUGCGCCACCUCCUCCGCGUAUACUACGACGCGAAGCUCACGAGGCGGCGGAGCGCCGAGUUCAUGUACUGCGACAUGCAGGACAUCGCCGACGUCGGCCUCGCGCUGCACGAGGUCGGUGUCUACCUCCAGCUCAGCGCCCCGCGCUUCCGCGCGCUCCUCUCCGCCGCGCCGGAGAUGGAGGCGUUCAUCCUCGACGACCCGAUCGACCUCGGCCGGUGGCGGCUCGAGGCCGCGCGCGCGCUGCAGGCGGUUGCGCGGGACGAGGAGGCGGACGACGACGAUCGCGGGCGCGCGAUGGAGCUUGAGGAUAGAAGCGGGCAGGACUGCGCGGCGUAUCAGCUUGCGUUCUUCCUUGGCGACGCGCUCGUUGCGUUCUUGCUGCAGCCGGCGAACACGGUGCAGGAGAAGGAGAGACAGGAAAGGGCGAUGAGGAGGCUUGUGGAGAUGAGCACGAAGCCGACGUUCAGGGACGCGUUUGGGGAUCCGCUGACGGACGCGAUGAGGCCUGUGUAUUGGACGCCGAGGUUGCUGUUGAACUUUGUGCAGGUGGGUGGGAUGCCUGCACUGAUUGGCGACUGGGCGGAAAGUACGUGCAAAGAUGGUGUAUGCAAGACUGCCGCGGAGAGCCUACCCGCCAAGGCAUGGGACAACCAGACGCCCGAGUCUCUCGAGACUGUAAUGCGCUACUUUGUCAAGAAGUUGGAGAUGGACGGCCCCGAAUUUGCUACAACGCCCAUCUUCGCCAAGAUGAUGCACGCCAUCUACACGCGAUACGGCCUCGCCCCGUUCGCAGCGGGCGCCAAACUGGACAAUCACGAGAUCAUCUUCUACUUCCUGCACCGGCGCGUCUCCAAAAAGCCCAAGUCCUACACCACCGUCGAGGACUGGGUCGCACUGCUUCGCAAGUACGAGAACGUACCAGAGGCAACACGUCGUCGGCACGGGUGGAUGAUUCUCUCCGUCUCAGGGCGGUGGGACUGCCUCGACCUGUACGGGUGCGCGUUCGAGGCAUGUCCUGAGAAGAGCGCGAUGCAGAAGCUUAGGGCGAAGAGGGUCAGAGGGCGGAGGGACCCCGUGGUCGAGGAGAGGCUGUUCAAGUGGGGUGGAGCGAGUAAGGCGUGUUCAAGAUGCAGGUCUGUGUCGUACUGCAGCGUCGCCUGCCAAAAAGCACAUUGGAAAGAACACAGGCCUAAAUGUGAUGUCGAAGCUGUCAAGGGGAAGAAAGAAGACAUUGACAUCUAGGAGGUGACUAAACGGUCGACUGAAUACCACGAUCCCGUUGAAGAGCUGGUGGGCCUUGGAUAGACCUUGAGAUAUUUACUUUCAUUUACUGUAUCUUACUUUUUUGCUUACUGUAUAACUCUAGCCUAUCGGAUGUCUUCGCCUAUAUCGUGCCUGACCCCG